CUAAUGUCACGUGGUCUAGAUGUCGAUUCAAAAGAUAGUGAAGGAAGGACACCAUUGAUGUUGGCUGCAGCUUGUGGCAAGAUUGAAGCUGUAAAUUAUCUUUUAGACAAAGGAGCCGAUCCCUGUAUUAGAGACCAGUCAGGAAUAAAUUCACUGCACGCCGCUUCAGAGGGUGGUAAUGUCACCAUCAUCGAGACACUAAUGUCACGUGGUCUAGAUGUCGAUUCAAAAGAUAGUAGAGGAAGUACACCAUUGAUGUUGGCUGCAGCUUGUGGCAAGAUUGAAGCUGUAAAUUAUCUUUUAGACAAAGGAGCCGAUCCCUGUAUUAGAGACCAGUCAGGAAGAAAUUUACUACACGCCGCUUCACAGGGUGGUAAUGUCACCAUCAUCGAGACACUAAUGUCACGUGGUCUAGAUGUCGAUUCAAAAGAUAGUGAAGGAAGGACACCAUUGAUGUGGGCUGCAGCUUGUGGCAAGAUUGAAGCUGUAAAUUAUCUUUUAGACAAAGGAGCCGAUCCCUGUAUUAGAGACCAGUCAGGAAGAAAUUUACUACACGCCGCUUCACAGGGUGGUAAUGUCACCAUCAUCGAGACACUAAUGUCACGUGGUCUAGAUGUCGAUUCAAAAGAUAGUGAAGGAAGUACACCAUUGAUGUGGGCUGCAGCUUUUGGCAAGAUUGAAGCUGUAAAUUAUCUUUUAGACAAAGGAGCCGAUCCCUGUAUUAGAAACCAGUCAGGAAUAAAUUCACUGCACGCCGCUUCACAGGGUGGUAAUGUCACCAUCAUCGAGACACUAAUGUCACGUGGUCUAGAUGUCGAUUCAAAAGAUAGUGGAGGAAGUACACCAUUGAUGUGGGCUGCAGCUUGUGGCAAGAUUGAAGCUGUAAAUUAUCUUUUAGACAAAGGAGCCGAUCCCUGUAUUAGAGACCAGUCAGGAAGAAAUUCACUACACGAUGCUUCACAGGGUGGUAAUGUCACCAUCAUCGAGACACUAAUGUCACGUGGUCUAGAUGUCGAUUCAAAAGAUAGUGAAGGAAGGACACCAUUGAUGUGGGCUGCAGCUUGUGGCAAGAUUGAAGCUGUAAAUUAUCUUUUAGACAAAGGAGCCGAUCCCUGUAUUAGAGACCAGUCAGGAAGAAAUUUACUACACGCCGCUUCACAGGGUGGUAAUGUCACCAUCAUCGAGACACUAAUGUCACGUGGUCUAGAUGUCGAUUCAAAAGAUAGUGGAGGAAGGACACCAUUGAUGUUGGCUGCAGCUUUUGGCAAGAUUGAAGCUGUAAAUUAUCUUUUAGACAAAGGAGCCGAUCCCUGUAUUAGAGACCAGAAAGGAAUAAAUUCACUACACGCCGCUUCACAGGGUGACAAGGGAGCCGAUCCCUAUAUUAGAGACCUGUUGGAAAGAAAUUUACUGCACGCCGCUUCAACGGGCAGUAAUGUCGCCAUCAUCACAAAAAUGCUGUCACUUGGUUUGGAUGUUAAUUCAAAAGAUUUUGCAGGUCGCACACCGUUAAAAAUCGCAAAAACAUAUGGCAAAACUGAGGCCGUAACCUUCCUACUUAGCAAGGGAGGACAUUAG